AGAGAGAGGAGAGAGUGAGGAGCUGAGAGGAAGAGUCAGACUCAGAUUACAGACACAGGCCUCCGGACCGGUCCUCCAAAGAUGUCCAGCAAAAGUCCUGUGAAACUCAGCAAGAGUCAGGCCAAUGAGCUGGCUGUGGUCAUCGCUCGUAUGCAGCAAAAUGCCGACCAGGUGGAGAAAGACAUCCUGAAAUCAGAGGAGCUCAUGGCCGAGGACACAGAGCGAGAUACUAAGAACCAGACCCUGAUCCACCAGAAGGUGAACUCUGAGAGGCUGGCAGAGGCCGAGGGGCUGCUGAAGGACCUCUUCAUGGACGUGGACAAGUCCAAGAAGCUGCACCACCCACAGGCGGCGGAGAUCGAGAAAGAUGUCAAAAAUCUGCAUGACCGUUGGGUGAAGGACUGCGCCACCUACAGGAAACUCUAUGAUCGCAAGCAAACUAUUGAUCCAAUACAAAAGAUCGACUGGGGUCCUCUGUUGGAUGAGAAACAGAAACAGGUAGACACAGAGCCGUACGGCCCCAAACUUGCUGACGUAGAGAAACAGAUUGCAGAACAGAGCAUCCUCCACCAGAAGAUCGAGGCCUACAGCUCCCAGCUGCAGCCCAGCACCACCACAAAGGAUCAGUACCCUGCUCUCAAAGAGAAAUACGCCAAACUUUUCGAGAGCUCCCAGAAGAGGAAAAACAACCUGGCUUCUCUGUAUGAGUACAUGCAGAGCUGCAGUAAGGAGCUGCUCUACCUGUCAGGGCAGCAGGAUAGAAUCCUGCAGAGGGACUGGAGUGAUCGCAUGGUGGACCCCCCUGGCGUCCGCACGGAGUACGAGAAAUUCAAAACAAGCGGUCUGAUUGCUCAUGAGACGGAGGUCAACAAGCUGCAGGAGGAGGGAGACAAUCUGGUUGCGAAGAAUCAUCCGGGCAGCGAGACAAUAAAGGCUCACAAAGAUGCUGUGCAAGGUGAAUGGCAAGCUUUCCUCAACCUGUGUCUGGCUCAAGAGACUCACCUGGACAACGUCGAGGACUACAAGAAGUUCCAGCUGGAUGCAGAGACUCUAUCUGACUCCUUGAAGAGACUCAACACGUCUCUGGACCCAAAGACUCUGGCCAACAAGAGCAACCCUGAGGCCCUGCUGGUGAUAGAGGGAGACGAACCAGCAGUGAAGAGGAACGAGGACCGUCUGGCCGACCUCAAAGAGCUCAGCAGCACCGUCGCUCCUCUGAAGCUCCGCCGACUCCAGCCGAGUAAACCCACAACUGUCGUGUCUCUGUGUGACUGGGAGGAUGAGGGGGACGUAGUGAGGCGUGGCGAUUUGCUUAAGCUGAAGUCUAACUCUGAUAAUAAGAACUGGGUGCUUCAGGACACCAGUGGGAAGACAAAAACCCUCCCUGGAGCGUGUUUCAUGGUCCCACCGCCUGAUGCUGAAGCCAUAGAGACGCUGAACAGUCUGGACAGAUCUCUGACUGACCUGAAGAACCGUAGAUCAGCUCUACUGACCUCGCUGAAGAACCCCACAGUGGAGGCGGUUCGGCCUCAGAAGGCAGCCACCGUAGCACGUGCUUCAGAAGAUCCCAGAGCUGCAGAUUUAGCCAGUGAACUAGACAGGAUCAACAGAGCGCUGGAACAGGCAGAAAAAGACAUCCUUAAUCGAGCCAGAACUCCGCUGGAUAACCGCAACCCCACAGAGGACCUGGCAAACAGAUUGCAGGAGCAUGAUAAAUCUGUCCAGAAGGUGAGAAAGCUGGAGUCUGAGAAGUCAGCGGUCCAGAGAGAGAUUGAGCCGAUUCUGGCAAAGAAACCCCUCGGACCCACCACCUCCACCCUGCCUGUUAAACUCAGAGCUGCCAACAACAAGAUCGACGACAUCAACACACUUCUAGAUCUUUAUAACAAGAAAGCUACAGCCUCCAUGUACCUGGAGAGGCAGAUUAAGAAUGUGGACAACUUUGUCUCUGGGUUCGAGGACCAGCUCACCAAAGAUGGCACUAUUCUAAAUCAACCUAACGCCCUCCAAAGUAGGAACCAGCAGCUGCAGGCUGCACGUAAAGAUUUAGUGUCUAAGAAGGAGGAACUGAAUAAAUUAGGCAAAGACCUUGACUUGACUCAACAAGCAUGCAGCUCCCUGCAGCAGAGCUUCAAAGAAUACUGUCCUGACAUCCAACGGCAGGAGAACGAGGUGAAACAGCUGAAGAACCGCUACAUGACCAUCAGCAAUCAGCUCCAGGACAGAUCUGCUCUCCUGAAAGAAGCAACCAACAAAAACCAGGAUUUCCAGAAUGCUGCUCAUUCGCUGGAUUUCUUCUUAAUGAAUUUACCCGACAAUAAAAUCAAACCGAGCGAUGAUGUGGCGACGCUAACAGCCAAGCACAACUCUCAGAAAAAAGUUGUGGAUGACCUCAAGAAGAAGUCAGAUGAUGUAAAACAAGUCAAGAUUCUGUCCCGUGAUCUGCAGAGUGUCCUGAAUGAGUAUGAGGGUAAGUCUAAUACUUACCGCAGUUAUCUGAACGAUGAUGGUGAUGAUGAAGAUGAUGAUGACGACGAUGACGAACCAAUCACAAAGAAACCUCAGGUUCUGCCAAUGACUAAGGCUGUGCAAAGAAAGGAGAAGGAUCUACUGAACCGUUUUGCUGAGGCUUCUGCAGAAAACAACCAGCUUCUAAACCAGCUGGAGACCACAAAGGGCAUCAAGGCCAGGAAUGAAGAGAUCGUGAACCAGGUAGUCGUCAGUCAGCAGCUGCAGCUCCAGAGUCAGAAGAGAGACCUGGAGGAGAGCGAAGGUCUGAGAAAUGAACUGAAAGAGGAGAUUGCCAGAAGAGAACUAGCUGAGAAGAACCUGGAAGCGUACCGUGCCAGGUUUCUGUCUUUGAGGAACAGGAGAGGGGUGGAGAGGCUGGAGGAGAAAGAAGUGGUGCAGUACUACCGUGACCCCAAACUGGAGGUGGAAAUAGAGUCUCUGAAGAAGCGAAUCCAGGAGGAAUCAUUUAAGAGGUCGAGAACCCAAUCAGAGAUAGAGAUUAUAAACGAGAGGAUUAUUAAACUGGAGUUACAGCUGAGCAGGAUUGAGCCAAAACUAGUGAACAAGGUGGUGACUGAAUAUGAGAGGGACCCAGCGCUAGACAAGGAAGCUGUAAAAAUCAGGGAGGAGAUCCAGAGGUUACGACUGGAGCUCCAAACCAAGGAUACCGAGACGGUUAACGUCAGGACCGAGCUCACGGUUCUGUCUCAGCAGAAACCAAAAAUCAAAGAGAGGGUGGUGAAAAAGGAAGUGCUGAAGGUAGAAAAGGAUCCAGAGAUGCUGACAGCUGUUCUGUCAUUCAAGAAAGACAUCACCGAGUCGGAAUCUCAAGUGAAGGACCUUAACGAUAGCAUCUUUAAGAUAAGGAGUCAGAUAAACACACUGGAGAGGAUUAUCCCAACCAUCCAGCCCAAGAUAGUCAGCAAGGUGGUGAAGCAAGUGCAGCAAGAUCCAGAAUCUGUGGAAGAGUCGAAGAAACUCCACAUCGCCUUGGAGGAAGAGAGAGAUGAGAACGUGACCCUACUGAAGGAUCUGACCACUCUUCAGCUGCGCUACAGUGAAGUGGACAAGCUCCGGCCAAAAGUUGAGGUGAAGGAGGUGAUCAACGAGAUCUACAGAAUCGAUCCUGAGACCGAAGUCCAGCUGGUGCGUCUGAAGAAAGAGAUGCAGGAUACAAGUCGCAACCGUGCAGACACGGAGAAAGAAAUAACCUCGGUGAUGUCGUCUUUGACGACGCUGCGCACGCAGAAACCCAAAGUGGAGUUCAAGGAAGUGACCCAAGAGGUCAUCAAGGAAGAGAAAAGCCCAGAGGUCAUCAGGGAGUUGCAAAGGCUGAACAACCAAGUGUCCCGUCUGCAACUCAACUACGACACCACCAUGGAGCUGCUCAUUCACCUACGUAAAGAGAGAGAUGACCUAAAGGCGGAGAAGUCCAAAGUGGAGACAAAACUGGUCAAUAAGGAGCUCAUCAAGUAUGAGAAUGAUCCUCUUCUUGAGAAAGAGGCGGACAGAUACCGGAGGAAUCUCAGGGAGGAGAUCCAGCAGCGCCGCAGUGUGGAGGAGAUCCUCUUCGACCUGCAGAACCAAUACAUCCUCCUGGAGAGGCAGAAACCAGAGGAGAAGGUCGUAACGAAGGAAGUGGUUCGACUCCAGAAGGACCCCAAGCAGAUCCUGGAGCAUGAGAAGUUGAACAAGACUCUAGAUGAGGAAAUGAAAGUCCGCAGAAAGCUGGAGUUAGAGGUGAGACAGCUUAGAGCUCUGGUUCAAGAGAAACAGAGCAUUCUGGCUCAGACAGAUGACCGCCAGAAGAGGAUUCAAGUAGAGUCCGAGCUGAGGCAAAUCAAAGCUCGUAUCUUUGAAUUCGAAAACUCUCCGGCACGCGUUGAGGAAAAGAUCGUCAUUGAGGAGGUCCUGAAAGUGGAGAGAGAUCCACAGCUGGAUGAACUUACCAAUGAACUGCGUGCAACUUUCGAGACUGAAGGCAACAAUAUCAACCGUCUGGAGAGGGAAAUCCGCAGCCUGAAGCACAAGCUGGAAAUCCUGCAGAAGGAGAAGUCACAGGAGAAAAUUGUCUACAGGGAAGUUGUCCGUGUGGAGAAAGACCCAGCAGUUGAAGCUGAGAGGGAACACCUGAGAGAUUUAGUAACACAGGAGAGAAAUCACAGACGAGAUCUGGAGGAUAAUGUGCAGAACUUGACCUUCAAACUAACCCAGCUGCAGUCAUCCAAGUCCGUGACAUCUCAGGAGGAGAACAGUCUCGCUAGCAACAGAGAUACGCUGAAGAGGGAGAAAGACGAUCUCCUCAAAACGCUCAAAAUGCUCGAGACUCAACGACAGAGCAUCACUAUCACCUUCCAGCAACAGUCCAAGCUGGUGAGCGAGAGGAACCAGCUGGCCCGGCAGAGGAGUCUGAAAGCAAACACGGAAAUUCAACGUCUGGAGAGAGAAAUCCUCAAUGAGAAAGACAAGAUACACCAAAAAGAGCUGCUCAUCAUUGAGCUGAUGAAUAGCAUCACGACAGAAGACCAGAGUGAGACUCACACCAGAGAGACUAACCUCUCCACCAAGAUCACAAUCCUGGAUCCUGAGACGGGUAAAGAUAUGUCUCCCUAUGAGGCCUACAUGGCAGGACUUAUUGAACGCAACCAGUACAUCCACUUGUCAGAGCUGGAGUGCGACUGGGAGGAAAUUACUUCGACUGGGAAAGAUGGGGACGUAACCAUUCUGCAGGAUCGUAAGAGUGGGAAGCAGUACUCUGUGAAGGAUGCCAUAAAUGAGGGUCGACUCACUCAUUAUGAUUUACAGCGCUACAAGGAGGGGAAAAUGAAAAUUUCUGAGUUUGCCCUUCUUGUUGUAGGAGAAAAAAAGGUGCCCUACGUUCCUCCGAUAACCACGCCAAGAUCACCCACCAAACCGGCUCCACUCUCUACUCUACACUCCAUACCAACCUCCCUGCGCUCCUCCCUCCCUGAUCUCAACUCCAGCUACAGCUCCAGCUUCAGCUCCACCCUGAACUCGCACCAUAGCAAAAGCGCCAAAGAUCUCACUGCUGCAGCAGGAGACGAGUACUUCCCCAUCUCUGGUAUUUACGAUACCACUACGGACAGCCGCAUGUCCGUGAGAAGUGCCCUGACCCGUCAACUCAUUGAUCCUGACACAGCUCUGAAGCUUCUUGAGGCUCAAGCAGCCUCCGGUGGAAUCGUCGAUCUCACCAAAAAGGACAAAAUCUCCGUCCACAAGGCGGUGCAGCAAGGCUUCAUCGACCAAAGCCAGAUGUACAAGCUCCUUAACGCCCAGAAAGCUUUCACAGGAGUAGAAGAUCCCGUGACCAAAGUACGUCUUGCUGUGGGUCCCGCAGCACAAAAGGGGUACAUUCCUGAUGACAAAGCCAAACGGUACAUGGAGGCCCAGUAUCUCACCGGUGGGUUGGUAGAUCCAACCAAAGCAGGCCGUCUCACCGUGCAAGAAGCUGUCGAUGCCAAACUGAUCAACAAGCAAACUGCCAAAGAGCUGCAAGACGAGGCCUCGUACGACAAAGACCUGGUAGACCCCAUCAGUAAAGAGAAGAUCUCCUACAAGCAGGCAAUGGAUCGAUGUAGGAAAGACAUCACCACUGGGCUCCUGCUGCUUCCUGCUGCCUCCACCAAUGCUUUUAAUGCCCCGUCAUACUCAAACUACCGCUUCAACUCUCCCUACAACAGAAUGUAGAUCAGAUCUUUGGAUGUAUAAUGGCUUGUUUGGUGCAGCCACUCUUUACAAGGAUUUAUAGUAAUGCUAACUGAAGCACAUGGAGAUAAAGAGUCAGAAUUGUUAUGUCGACAUUGCAAAAGCACAUUUUUUUUGGUGAAAAUGUACAUGUGAAUCUUUUUAUUUUUGGGUGUUCUGUAAAAUAAUGAGGGUUAAGUGUGUUUUUUAUGGAUUACUUUUGUGCCAGCUCUUUUAUGGGUCACACGUGCUUAUUAAACUCUACA